AAACCCUCAGAGGCACAUUAUUACUUAUUUCUUUUAUCAAUGCAUCUGACAGCUGAUUCUUUAAAAAUUGUAUUGAUUGAGUUAGUGUCUAAAAUGUCAAAAAGUUGUGAAAAAGUCUGCUGUUAUGUGUCAAAGCCCCCAAAUAACACAUUCUAGCAAACAUUAAUCUUUGGAACAUUGGAGUGAUCUUUUUUUUCAUGACUAUUAAAAAAACAAAAACAAACAAACAAACAAACAAACAAAAAACAUUUUAUCUGAGGACAUGAUGUGGGUGUUGAGGGUCAGCGGGGGCCUCAGCAGGUCGAUUCAGUUUGAGGACAUCAGUGAUCAUGGUGUUAUGGCCAUAAACUUCCCUGUCCCAUAUGGUGACGAUGUUCAGCUGUCCACAUACUUUUGGUCACGUAGUGUUCCGGUUAGAGAAGGAGCAGAAGGCGGAGAGGCGCCGCCCUCCAGGACGCACCGGGAGCAGCAGUUUGGAACUGAGCCGGUAAGCCAGACAAACGCUCCUCCUGCUGCUGCUUCUAAACUUUCACCAGGAUUUUUUUCUUUGUUCUUGUCUUUCUUGGUCCUCUCUCUCGUCCUGCUGGCUCGGGUUAGUUGCAGCAACAGAAAAAGGAGCGCGAACCUCGGAAAGUUUGGUUUCACGUUCAGACAUAGGACGGAGCCGGAGAGGAGAGCCGUUCCUGCUGCGGACUCACGGCGGGGUCUUCAACUUUUAGAGCGGCUCCAAACCAGCGGCGGGGACAGUUUGGCAAAGGUCGCGGCGCAACUCCGGUGAGCGGCUCGGUGCUCUGAGCUGCUCCUCGGUGACACUUACGAGUUUGUGAGACAGCAGCAGACUAAAAGUGUUGAGCAGUUACAUAAGAGACACAAAGACGACAUAAAUCGUGCCCGGGAGCCCCCGCGGUCAGAGCACACACGGAUCCGGACUUGUGCUCUGCGCGCAAAUGUGGAACUGAGUUGAGCAGAGAGAGAGAGCAGGACUGCGGUGCUCUUCUGGUUUUGACUGAGUGAAAAUGAAACUUUGGGACAGUUGGUCCUAUUGGCCGCGGAUUUGGAAGAAUUUAAUUGUCUUUGUGGUAAAACCGUCGCCGUGAAGAUUUAUUCGUUCUCACAUGAAGUAGUGAUUCAUGCAGCGGUGCGGCAGUAUAAAAUGGAUUCUUAUCAGUCUGCCUGUUGGGAAAUAAGAAGUUAAGCGGGAGAAUGAAGCCAGUAAUCACUGAUCAUUGAGUAUCGAUCUCCUCUGCGGAUCUAAACUCAAUACAUUUGAUUUGGUCUUGAACAUCCGGAGCCGCAGAGUGGUUCAUGUGUUCUGGUUCUCCGGCCUGCGGGUCACAACGCGCUCAGAGCUGAGGAGAAGACACGCGAAUGUUCGCCGGGAGGCAGCGCGCCGCGCCCCUGCACAUGGAGCUCUCCGGGCGGCCGCUGCUGCUGCUGCUGCUCGGCCUGCUGCUGCUGCCACUCUGCGCCGCUGUCACCGACGACCGCAUCAUCUCCGACCGGUACGCAGUCUACUGGAACAGCUCCAACCCCAGGUUUUUUCGGGGCGAGUACACGGUGGAGGUGGCAAUCAACGACUACCUGGACAUCUACUGUCCUCACUACGAGGGGGCGGGGGCGGCAGAGCGCAUGGAGCACUACGUACUGUACAUGGUCAACUACGAUGGAUACAUGACCUGCGACCACCACAGGAAGGGCUUCAAACGCUGGGAGUGUAACCGACCACAAAGCCCCAACGGACCGCUCAAGUUCUCUGAGAAGUUUCAGCUGUUCACGCCCUUCAGCCUGGGCUUUGAGUUCAGACCAGGACAUGAGUACUACUACAUCUCGUCGCCACAUCCAAACCUUGCUGGAAAACCCUGUCUGAAGCUCAAAAUCUACGUCAAACCAACCAAUGACUCAGUGUACGAGUCUCCGGAGCCCUUCCUGACAGACGACACCACUGGCGGCUGCAGCCUCAUUCUGCCCUCCGCCAUGUUGCUCACCCUCCUCCUCAUCCUCCUCCUCGCCUCCUCAUAGCACCUCCUCCUGUUCCUGUACUUCUUCUUUCAGAUGGGCCGAGCUCUGUCCUCCUCCCACUGCUCUGAGGACAAACUGAGGCAGGGAACUAAUCCAGCACUGUCACCUCCAGCCUUCACUAGAGCGCCGCUCAGCAGCUCCACCAAUCAGAGGAGGCUGAGGUUUAUGGUGGGAGGAGCUUGGAGCUGCAUAUCUCCUUCACAUGGAGUUUCUGGGAUCAUCUCUGCUCUGUUAAAAUGUUUCUUUUAAAGUGUUAAAACUGUGUUACAGAUCAACAAGUUGACUGUUCCUCAACUGCCCUGUUAGAGUUUCUGGUUUCUGGUACGUGGGAUAUAAUGCCUGCUUUUAUGUUGUAAAGACUCUAAGGAUGAUAUACUGCCUUUUGAGUGCCAGAGAUUGUUUGAAAAUUGGGUUUGUUUUUUGCUUUUUGUUUUUUAAAUUCCGUUGCUGAAAUGAUGUGCCGAGUUUCAGGUCUGAUGCCAAAACUAAACUUUUCCUAUUAUAAAAGCAUUUUUCUACAUUUUUUUUAAAUUUCAGCCAAACCUAAAGACCAUACCAGUGGUUUACCAUGUUUUUAGCUGGUUAAAAAAAUCAUUGUAGAUUUGUAGCUAUAUUGCAUGUAGAACUUUCUGACUUGUGUACACAAAGAGCUGUAUAGAUGCAUAGCAAACAAACUGCUUUAUGCUCUGACAAAACUAUAGUCUUUUUCUCCGUUGUGACGCACAAGUUUUUGAUGUAAAGUCUUGUCUAAAACAUUGCAUAAGAUCUGAAUGAAGAUGGGGGGUGUUUUAAUGACCUUUUUCAAUUCCCUCACUAUGUUGUUGAGUUGUUUUAUGAAAAAAAAAAAAGAAAAUUAUAGGAACUAAGUGAAAAAUAUUUGAGUUGAUCAGAAAGGAAAAUCUGUUUAUUUUACAGGCCCAUCUAUAGAAGACCUAGAACGCACAGCCGCUCAAAGUCAGGAAGAAUCCACAUGAAGAGUUUAAGUUGUGUAACCAACGGACACUGACAUCAGUUCAUUAACCAUUUUUUACCAACAUGGUAGAUGAUUUAGUACUUUUCUCCUGAAAAGUGGAAUACAACAAGCAGGUAGGACUUUUUGGAAACAUAUUGUAAUGAACAACUAGAGAGCAGCUAAUUUUUAAAUAAUCAAACAGGAAAAUACAGCAGCCAUUUAAACAGUAUAAAUAUACAUACAACAGAGUCAUUUUCAUGUAUUUUUUCAAGUGCUCCAGGCAGCUGAAUAUUUCCAUUCAUGUUAGUAUAAAGUGAAAAUCAUUCAGCAAACUCUUGAACAUCAGGUGAACAUCAGGUCUCUAAUGAUCUGGGGUGAGUGUCAAAUCAAUGUACACAUAACCUGCUUCAUCCUGCCGCAAUAAUGAUAACAAUAAAUGCAGGCAUUAAAAUAUACACAGAACACCUGCAGUCCUAAAGCCUUAACAUCUUUUUUUGCACCUCUUAUAUCUUGCAGUUAAUAUUUUGCACAAGAUACUGUACAAACAGAUUAUUAUCUUGUCGCAAGCCAUGAAAACAAUCCUGUUUCCAGACUUUAUUAGGGAUAAAUAAUUUGGAGUUAAGCAGCUGAAUCUUGCUAAAACACUGAUGUGGUCUUUGAAUAUGACACAGAAAAAUUAUUUAAAUCAGGAAAUAUUUGCGAAAUGAGACUGUCGAUCAGAGAAAUUAUCAUUGUGUGAUUGAUUGUAUUUAAUAGAUAUAAAUCAAAGCAUCUUUACACACACCGAAAGUGGUAAAAAAAACAAACAGUGUCAUGACAGUCUCCUGUGCAGAAACGCUGUACGUCUGAAACAUGGCAGUCAGUGGAACUUUGAAGACGCUUCUGUCUGUUUCUCUGGGAGGCUAUAGAUAAAAGAUGCUGUUACGCUGACAUACAUCAGCUGAAUAAAACAAAGACUGAACUCAUUGGGACAAUUAUCAUAUUCAGUAUUUCAUCCUCAGCAUUCAGCACAGCUCUGGAGUUCUUCAUCAACACACAGAACGUCGCCUGGUCUGCAAGAACACCAGCACAGAUUGGCAGACUUACUCAGAUGAUCCCAGCAGCAUGGACAGCAGCUCUGCAGUGACUCGUGUCAGCCCAGUUAGUUUUAUCUCCCAGACCUCUUCACUGAUAACAGUCACAGAAACAAGCUAUAGCAGCCAUGUAAAGACAUCAGAGUGAAUCUAUGAGACAAACAAAACUAAAAAGAGUCACGUCACAUUAAAACGUGUGACUGGGAUGUCACUGGUCAACUUGUUUAAUUAAACAAUUUAUAAUUAAUAAUAAUUUUGUCAAAAAGUUCUCAUACACAUCUAGCUUCAGUGUCUAGACUCCAGAGUGAUACUUUAAAGUGCUUCAGACAUUCAUUUUAUAGAUCUAAUCUGCCCUGUGACACACUGACACAGCCAGUGUCGGCUAGCACCGUGUCCAGCCUCCUACACCCCUAUGCAGGACACAGCAGGUACAGCUAAAAGAUGGAUGAAUCAGUAAAAUCCCAGCUUUUGUAAUCUGAAUAUUUGGAUAUUGUGACUGAUUUCUGUGACAACAGUCUUCAUCAUCAGUGAUUAAAAUCAAAUAGUCAUCAGAGAGGAGCAUUCUCUCGAGCCCACCUUCAUCCCUGCAGCAGCACAUGUCUUUUCGGUCUCUAUUCAGCCUUUUGAUUCUUUAAAUCUGCCAAAGACUCUUGUUAAACUUUUGUAUUGGAUGCUUCUUCAGGGGCGGGGGGGGGUGUAAAGUCAUUCAGCAGCUAGGGGUCUUCUUGACCCCGCCUACUUUGAAAAUAGGGGUGGGGUCACUAGAAGGGGAGGAGUCUUUUAUUUUAUUCUUUUUUUAAAAUUGUGUCAUUUGUUGUGAGUGUAAUACGAAUGUUAUGCGCAAAAUACAAACCAAUCAAACAUGGCCUUUUCCCCCCACUGGUGCUGAAUUUUUAAUGACUGAAAAACAGCGACACUGUGUGGUCAAGGUGAAGCUUAUCAUCAAAUUCCACACUUUUUUGUUCUCUUCAUCUCUUCAUGCUACCCCUCCAUCUCUGCUGAUGGAGGGAGAGUGUGUCCUUGUGAGUGGAUGAGCAGGGACAUGCUGGGAAAUGCAGUAUAUAUACUGAAAGCACUGUGACGGAGGACAGAUGGACGAUGUAGCAUUGGACUCCUGUGGAGAACGACGAAAACAAACUGGCGUCAAUGUUUCCAUGUCGGUAUGAAAAGAAUGAAAAUUGAACUUUUUUGUUUUAUGUUUGUGCCGUUUUUUAUGUUUUAAAAAAUGCAGGAGAAAAUUCAUAUAAGAUAUGAAUUCAUUAGCAGAGUUAUGAAGGAAUCAAUCUGUUUGUUGUUGUUGUUGCUGUUGUUGUUGUUUUCUCCCCCUUUUUUGUUCCUGCUUGCAUCACAAUGCAUUCUGGUCCCUGUAGUCUUGUCCGUCCAUGGUUGUCUGGCUCUUCAUAUUUCUCUUCAUUGAUUUCUGUGUGGAUAGAAUCAGUUUUUAAUCACAUAAGAAAAGUUUAAGAAGGAAGGAAAAUUUAAAGAAAAAAAAAGUUCUGCUGGUGGUUGUGUGAGUGAGGGUUAGACCACCUUGUUGUCUCUGGUUUACAGUGUUUCUGAAAAGAAAUUGUUUUUCUACAUCCAAAUGUCUGCAUAUUCUAUUCUUUGAACAACAAAAAAAUAUGUUUUGUAUAUUUUCAUAUUGGAUUCCUAUAGAAUCCUGUUGUAAAGAAUGCAUUUAUCUGAUUGGCUAAAGCACUAACAAGGGGUCAGAGGUCAUCAGGACAUUUUCUUUUCCUGCGCUGCAUGAGCAGGAAAAAUACAACUUUAAAAUACAUUUACUUAAUUAACUUUGAAGAGGAUUUCAGAAAGAAAAUGUUAAGAAGUGUACGAAUCUGUGUUUGAUAAAUUCACCACCAAUAAAGACAAAAAGUUCCACUAAAGACA